UCCUACGGAACCUCCGGGGUCCGGACCAGGUCUGACGUCCUGAAGACUGCUAUGUUCCGUUUAGGAGUUGUCGCCGCUUUGAGAUCCCGUGCAUUGCGCGGAGCUACAGUCGGGAUUAUGGUAACGGCCUCGCACAACCCGGAGUGCGACAACGGGGCCAAGCUCGUGGAUCCUCAUGGUGAAAUGAUGGAACUGAGCUGGGAACGCUGCGUCACCGCGGUGUUGAAUGCAGACGAUGAUCAACUGGAGGGCCAGUUGACCAAGAUCGUUUCGGACUUCUCGAUUCCGACCGAUGCGCUGAGUAACUUGAUAAUUGGAUACGACACGCGAGCCAGCUCGGUGUCCCUGCACGACGCGGCGUUCGAAGGAGCAUCGAGUCUGGGUUGUGCGGUCAAAGAUCUCGGGCUCGUGACAACACCGCAAUUGCAUUUCGUUGUGAGGUGCACGAAUGAUCCAAAAUACGGUGAGCCAUCCGUGCACGGGUACUACGAUAAACUGACCUCGGCCUUCAUCCGACUCGCUUCGAAAACCAAACAACCCUUGCGUUACACUCCUGCUCUGACAAUUGAUGCGGCUAACGGGGUUGGAGCUCGAGCGGUCCACCUGAUGAGUGAACAACUGAAGAAUAUCUUAGUAAUCACCGUUGUGAACGACGGAAAUGGUCCGCUGAAUGAUCAAUGUGGCGCUGACUAUGUCAAGAUCUCGCAAGGGGCUCCGGUCGGGCUCUCAUUGAAAACUUUCGCCCGAUAUGCGUCUCUGGACGGUGAUGCGGAUCGUAUAGUGUAUUUCUUCCAAGAUGCGGACGGCAAGUUCAGGCUUCUGGACGGUGAUCGAAUCGCCACCCUCCUAGGAGCCUACAUCAAGAAACUCUUCGGGGAGGCGGGACUGAGCGAUGUCGGAAUAGCUUUAGUGCAGACUGCUUACGCCAAUGGGAGCUCUACCAAGUACAUCUCGGAGAAACUCGGAAUAGAUGCAUUGUGCGUUCCAACGGGCGUGAAGCACCUCCACCAUGAAGCUCAGAAAGCCGACGUCGGUAUAUACUUCGAGGCAAACGGGCACGGAACGAUCUGCUUCAGCGACACGAUCAAAAAUCGUGUGUCUGCUUUGAGCUCUGAAGAGGCGGCUACUAUAAGAGACUUCAUAGACCUCACCAACGAGGCAGUGGGUGACGCUCUCUCAGAUAUGCUUCUCGUCGAAUAUGUUCUGAGAACUUCGGACACUGACGUCAGCGACUGGCUCCGUGAAUACGAGGAUCUGCCGUGUCGACAACUGAAGGUCGUCGUGAAGGAUCGAACUGUGAUCAAGACCGCGAACGCAGAGAGAACUUGCGUAGCACCGACAGGGCUACAAGAGGCAAUCGACGAUAUAGUUUCGCGAUUCCCGCAAGCUCGGUGUUUCGUGAGACCGUCCGGAACCGAGGACAUUGUACGUGUUUACGCAGAAGCUCCCGGAGAAAGAGCGGGGGUGGCGAACGUGGACUUAUUGGCGAAUGAAGUUUCGAAGAUCUUAUCCAGAAUGUUGGCGUGA